CAAAAAAUCUUAUUGGAAUUUUAGUUCACCGCUCGAAUCGAAUUCAUUCACUUGUUUGUUGUCUUGCAUUCGCAUACGCGUUCGCGAAUUUCAACGCCGUAAAUUCUACAAUUUCAUUUCUUCUGUUUUAUUAAGUUUCGUUGUGUGUGGUGCAGCUACUUAGAGAACGCAGGAUUUUUAUUUUGCCAAAAUUAUUUAUUGCAACAAAUGUGAAUGAAACAGCAAUAAAACUAAGCAAAUUUACUUAUAAAUCACAGCGAAAACGCCAAAAAAAUCACUUUUCAAAGUUACAUGAAUCGCUUUUAAAAUAGGAAUAAUUUUCUUUUUGUGAGCUUUGUGUGUCGGCGUAGUGCAAUUCGAUAUUUGAAAUAAGAAAUAAAUUUUCUAAACUGCAUUAUUGCAAAAACAAACACGAAGUUAGCUCCGUUGCUACCAAUUCAAGAGUGUUUAAGUUGCAAUUCUAAACUGCAUUAUAGCAAGCAUACGUUAAAAGAAAUUGCAAAAAAUAGUUCUGCAUUUUGCAAACGACAUUAAACAGUGAAAGAAAUUUUUUGAUUUGUGUGCACACUAGUUGAUGGCCGAAAAUAAAGGAAUCAUGCUGGCUAAAUCUGUACAAAAACACGCUGGACGUGCCAAGGAAAAGAUUUUGCAAAAUUUGGGCAAAGUCGACCGGACUGCCGAUGAUAUUUUCGACGAUCAUUUAAAUAACUUCAAUCGCCAACAAACUAAUGCCAACAGAUUACAAAAGGAGUUCAACAACUACAUCAGAUGUAUUCGUGCCGCUCAAACCGCUUCCAAGUCGCUGAUGGAUGCCAUUUCCGAAAUCUAUGAACCGCACUGGGUCGGCUAUGAUGCAUUGCAGGCACAGACCGGCGCUGCCGAAAGUCUUUGGCAAGACUUCGCCCAUAAAUUGGCAGAUCAAGUAUUGAUUCCGUUGAAUACAUACACUGGGCAAUUUCCGGAAAUGAAAAAAAAAGUGGAUAAACGCAAUAGAAAGCUGAUUGACUAUGAUGGCCAACGCCAUUCAUUCCAAAGUCUUCAGGCCAAUGCUAACAAGCGCAAGGAUGAUGUCAAGCUCACGAAAGGACGCGAGCAGCUAGAGGAAGCUCGUCGCACCUAUGAAAUUCUCAAUACCGAGUUGCAUGAUGAGUUGCCCGCCUUAUAUGACUCAAGAAUAUUGUUUUUGGUCACCAACUUGCAGACGCUCUUUGCAACGGAACAAGUGUUUCACAAUGAAACGGCUAAGAUCUACUCCGAAUUGGAGGCGAUUGUGGACAAAUUAGCAACGGAUUCUCAACGCGGCUCGAAUACGCUAAGAAAGCAAACUAGUAAAUUUAUGGAAAGCACUGCCUUUUCCGCUCCAAGCCCCACAAAGACGUCGCCAUUCAAGCAAAUGAACAACACAAACACCACCAAUAACAGUAACUAUCAAAAUCAGAUCACCACAAAUGGCUCCAGUAAUGUCAACAGUCCUGAAUAAAAAAUAUAAAAAAAAAAUUAUUUUUUUUGACAAAAUUUGCAUUUGCAUAAAUUAAAUUGAAAAAAAACUGCUUGCUUUUAUUGUAAGCUAAAUACAAUUCGAUUAACAAUGUUGCGCACAAAACUUGUUUAAUAAAUUCAAAAUUGCAAAUUACAAAGAAAAAUACAAAAACAAAAAUAUUAAUUUCAAAGUUAUAAAAUUUAAAAGUAUUUUAUGCAUACAAUGACAUGCACUUGCAUUGCUUUACAAAUCACAAUAAAUAUUGAAAAUAUUUAAACACAAUUUCUUCUCACUUAACAAUAUCGAAUCGAAUUUAGCUUAUUUUGUGACCCUAUCACCCCUAAAUCUCUAUAAUAUCCCACAUUUUAUGAGGUUGUGUGUGCUGAGUACGUUAGCCUAUUAAGUUAUUUUAAGCUGAUAAUUAAAUUAUAAUUAAUUAUUAUAACUUCUUACAUAUAAAAAAUUGUAUUUGCAUUAGAAGUCGUAGUUAGCAUGUAGCGUUAUAAUUGCAUACGUUUAUGGCCAUAAAACUAUAGACUCACAUAAUUUUUUUUUUUUAAUUAUUAAUAGUUAUAAUUUUUGUUUGCUUUAAUUUUAUAGUUAUCUUACAUAACAUAAUAUAUAAAACAAGUAUACUUUCAUGUAGUGACAAUAUUUAAUAUCUAAAAAUGGUUAUACUUAGUUAUUUAAAAGUGGUUACUUGGUUCAAAGUUUCAUGCCACAUCAUAACAAAAAUUGUUUUUUUUUUUUUUUGCUAUAAAUUCACUGAAGACUAUUUCUUUCGAUUUAUAUACUACUACGUAGGUGCAACGAUUCGUGUACAAAAACGAGUUUUAAUCAUAGAAAAUCGCUCUAUUGUUUUUCAAAAUAUUUUCCAUUUCGCAUGCUUCUGAACUAGUUCUCUUAGCACUUUUGCCACUCUGAUUGAAGUACAUAUGUAUGUAUAUCCAAAACAUGCGUUCUGAGCGCAUCAACCGCCACUAUUUCUUUAUUUGCGUAGACACGCGGUUAUAGCCGAGUUUACAAAGGUCCAUAAGUUAUGACUACCAACAGUGACUUGGGAGCCAAGUCGCGACUGCGACGACUGUUUGUUUGAUGACAGCAGAUGUUUCGUCUUGCCCACCUUCACUACCAAACCCAUUUGCUUCGCUUCCUUAUCCAUUCUGAAGAAAUGAUCGGCGUACGCCAUCAACUGUGCACUCUUAUAGAAGACUGUACCUUCUCUAUUCAGCUCUGCGGCUCGAACUAUUUUCUCCAGGAGUAGAUUGAAGAAGUAGCACGAUAGGGAGUCGCUUUGUUUGUAACAUCUCCGGCUUGGAGAGGUCUUUCCUGAUCCUGACGAAACUUUUGAUAUUGCUCAACGUCAGUUUACACAGCCGUAUUAGUUUUGCAGGGAUACCAUAGCGGCAUAAAGGCAGCUCCUUUUCGUCUUAUCAAAAGCUGCUUUGUAAUCGACAAAUACUAUGUUCGGACCGACAUUGAAGACAUUGUUUUGGUGGAAAAACUGGUUUUCGCCCUACAGCUUGUAUUUUCAUCCAUGUAAAAUCUGUCAAACGCAAACACAUUGAAAACCAGUUUUCGCUGAAACUACUUGAAAACUUGCAUUCCACUCAUUAUAAUCGGUGUCUGCUCCGGUAUAGUCGCUAUUAUUGGAAGACAUAUUUUGCCAGCCUUAAAUUGUCAUUUGAUAUUUGUUAAUAAAACAAUGGAGCAGCAAAAACAUGUGUAUGUAUAUUAAGUUUCUAGACUUUACACAGCAUCAACUAAUGCCACUAAAACGGCGAAAUACCACCCUUUGUAAUUGUAAUAAUCCACAGCUUCGUCAGAUGACGGGUAAACCUCAAUGUGGCAUUCGUCUGUAAGCAAUUAUUAGACCAUUGACGCAUAACUAAUUUUUACCAAUUGCUCUUAAGCAUUGUGCGAAUCCAAGUACCUCGAAACCAGUCACCCAAUCUGUUAAACUUUCUCUAUUUAGCGGCAACUGUCUUAAAAUGUUGUUGAAAUGGUUGCAUAGUCUCCAGAUUUCGUUGCGAAAUUCCAACAAAAUUUCGCAAACCGUAGAUUUUCCUACUCUUAACAUAUUAACGAUACUCCGAUACUCUGCAGAUGAACAAGGGCACUCUUUUCUCGAUCGGAGUAGCUUUUGUAGAGGCCGGUUAAUGAACUUCAGUUCAUGCGAAAGUUUUCUUUAAAAAAAGCAGAUCCAUUUCGUUGGCAAUCGUGUUCCCAAAACUGAUUCUUACGUUGCUGGAAUUAAUAAUAAUUUUACAAACCUUUGUCCAACACGAAUUAAUCGGCGUUCCAAGGUCCUUCAUUAUAUCUAAUAGGAUUUAACGAUUUUUUUAACUCCGCUAUCUUUUUUGCAAGAACAAGGUGCUGGUAGUAAGAGUCUCUAACAGUUCACUUGAAGUAUCGCCGUUGCGCGAAGUAUUUAUUUGAAUUCUCAAAGCCAAUACUUUCAUAAUUAAUAUUUUUUUUCCGAAUUCUAUAACACACGAUCUUUAGUAAUAGUUUUAAGCAAAUAUUUAGGAUUUCAAAACUUACCAUUAUCGUUGCGCAACAAUCAAAUAAAUUUGUGAAUUGUCAGUGAAAACUUUUCGAAAACAAACAUUAUCGGUCCGAACGACUUAAACUCCACAAUCCACAAUUGUGUUUUCAAGAUGUUUUCAAUGUCGGUCCGAACAUAGUAAAAGUGGUAGUACUACCUGGAACCAUGUCAUACAUGCCCGAAAAAAUUCGCAGGCAGUUAACAGUUUCUGCUGGAAUAAAAACCCGAGUCUCUUUCAGCUACGUAAACUCAAAUAUCGUAGAAACUUUGCUGUUGUUGCUGUAGCGGCAAAAUUAUGCCGAGUUGACAGUCCUUGGCAGGUAAAAAACCAGGUCCGUUCCGGUGACGUAGACCUGACUGUCGUUUGAACGGAUUGUUAUUCUACCAAGCGUAGAUCUGGUGCUCAUGUCGGCUGCAGAGUUCGAACCAGCAGCAUUUUUGUUAUUUUUGUCAAAAAUUUGUAUUUAUUUUCAAAUGUCCAAACUUACAAACGUCACUUAUAUAAUAAUGCUAUACAUGAGCUGUGAGAAGUUCCAACUUGUCUAGUAGUCACAACUUUUAUAGUAUUAGCAUUUUUUGUUUUAGUAAUUAAAUUCGUUAUUUUGAGUUUAUUUAUAAAUAUUGGCUUUAAGAAAAAUGUAUGAAUUAAAAUUACAAUUAAAAAAUAUACAUAUAUACAUAUAGACAUAUGCCUAUAAAUAAGCAGCAGUACAAGUGUGUAUGUGUGCUUUUAUUACUUUUUAAGUUUUGCUUUUGAUUUUGGCGUCCAAAUUUUGCAUGUAAUCAUACCUUAGUUUAUUACUUUUAAUUUUAAUUAAAUUUUAUUUAUCGUUAAUUGAUUGAAACCAAAUUUUCAUAAAAUUUGAAUUUGCAUGUGAUGAGUUUCUUUUUUUUCUUGUUUUUCCCCAAUUUUCUUCAUUUAUCUAUAACGUUUCGUUUCGUUUGGAAUGCUUCUAACAACUGAAUUCUGCAACCAACUUAACCACAAACAAAAAAAAUAUAAAAAAUACAAAAUACCUAACCUCAUAAACAUACUGUGGAACAAAAUGUAAUAUACAAUUGGCUGAUAAAAUUCGCAAAUCGAAAUUCGCCAACGCACAUACGAAACAACAAACAUUAAACACAUAAACG